GAAACUGAAACUGAGUGGUCAAUGAUUGGAACGCAUUACCAGAACAAGUGGUAUCAGCACAAUCAGUGAACAUUUUCAAGAAGAAGCUGAACCUUCACUGGAAGUAAAUCUGUCAGGAUUAACACAGACUGAAAAAUGAAUCUGAAACAUCCACCUAGGUCAUUUAAUAUUGAAAAUUUGUAGGUCGGGACGAAUUACGAAUGUGUCGCGAAAAUUUUGUCGGUUUCCGCUCGAACUAUGGAAGGAAUUCCUUCUGAAUCAACGCCGGUGGAUCUAUUUCCACAGGCCCUCCCUAAAAUACCUUCAAAUGAAUCUUGUCUGAGAUAUCCAAGAAAGCUGUCGGUGAGAGAAAUAAAAAUCCAACGAUCCGAGGACGGCAACAAAUAUGCAGCAAUUACAAGACAUUCUCGUGCUAAGGCAUUAUGGAAGACGGCCCUCAGUUUGAUUUCCUCUCGUGGUGACCCAUGGGAAAAAUUUCAUUUACAAGAACUUCCAGAAGAAACGGCAAAGCGUUAUCGUUAUAACGCUAUUAGGGGCAAAUGGAUAGAAGACAUCGUACAUGUGAAAAUCGAAAAUUCACCGUUUAAUCGAGGUGCUAUGAGAGAAUGUUUCCGUGCAAAGAAAUUGUCCAAUUUUUCACAUUGCUCUGAUUGGUCACAUGCAUCAAAUCAUGUCGCUAAACGUUAUAUUGAGAAGGUUGAAAACCAUGUAUAUUUUGAUGAUGUUCGUUUACAAAUGGAUGCUAAACUUUGGGGUGAAGAAUAUAGUCGUCAACCGUCUGCACCAAAAAAAGUUGAUAUCUCACAAAUGUGUGUAUUGGAGUUUAUUAAUCGACCAGAGAAACCUCUAUAUCACUUGGAACAUUUUAUAGAAGGAACUUAUCGAAAGUAUAAUUCAAAUUCAGGAUUUGUAGAUGAUUUAUCACGAAACACUCCUCAGGCUUUUAGUCACUUCACCUUUGAACGAAGUGGUCAUCGUCUGAUUGUGGUUGAUAUACAGGGUGUUGGUAAUCUAUGGACAGAUCCUCAAAUUCAUACAUUCAAUGGUAAAUCUUAUGGAGAUGGAAAUCUGGGGAUUCGUGGAAUGGCUUUAUUUUUUUAUACACAUCGAUGCAAUCCUUUAUGUUUAGCGCUAUCAUUAAGCCCUUUCGAUUUACCAAUAAGUGAAAAACUAUCUACACCACUUAGUCAAUUGUCUAUGAAAGCGGAGGAUAAUCAAACUGAAAAUAUAAAUGGAGUCAGUGAUAAUAAUAAUGUGGAACUCAGUGGAACAAUAGCUAUUCCAGCUUCCCGUCGUGAUCGAUAUGGUAUUCGUCGUUUAGUUUCAGAAAAUAUUGAUUCAUCUUAUGAUUUACGAGAGAAUGCCAAUAAACACAACAAUGACAUGAGUAGUGAUUUUGUAGAUCCAACCGACUUUGUGGAGUCUCAUAGUGUACCUUCGCCUAAAUUACCGUUUCUACCUUCGAGGUCUCCAGUUUCAUGUAGAGAAAAUAUAUUACAAAAGACUGAUCAGAUCAAUGAUCAUAAUUCAAAUGUCGUUGUUAAUAAUGGAAAACACAGUACAAAGUAUAGUACUAAUACUACUACUACUGGUAAUAUUAAUAUUAAUAAUAAUGAUGCACGUACUAAUGAUCUAAUAUUUGGUCCAAUUUCAUUUCAUAAUAAUUCGAAUGAUUCUGGCAUAAGUUUUGAUGGUCCAUCGUUUGGUAGUGUGUUUAAAGCACAAAAAAGUCCUAUUAGUAACCCUGGUUGUGAUCCAGUAUGUUCAGAUUUGGAUCAGUCAAAUUCUCAUUUGAAUUCCACAGAAAAUUCACAACAGCUCAGUAAAGAAGCUGAACUAAUUGAAUUUUUUCGUUCACAUCAAGCUGGUCAUCGAAGCAGUUCUAUUGCAGCUUUACAUGGUGCUGAUACUGUGAUUUUAGGUUUAAUACAUCAUGAAUUGGCUCGUUUACAUGCUUCUGGUCGUUUAGCUUUAUUGCAUCAAACCGGUUAUUAUCAAUUUAAGUGCAAUGAAGUAAAGAACCAUCGACCUUCUAUAGAUAUUGAGCAAGAGUUGAAUGGAAAUCAAUUGAAUGAAUUAAAUCGCCCACAAAAUGUUAAUUGGGAAUCAGUUUUAUUUCACUUAGAACAAUCAGCUAAACUUGGCUGUUUAGAUGCUAUUCAAUGUUUAGCUCAAUAUUAUUUGAAUUUAAUGGUUGAUGGCCCAUUAUCGGAAUGUCCCAUUAAACCCGAUCCCCUAGAAUCUCGAGCACAUGGUUUUGCCUUAAUCAGUUCGGCUGCAUCAGCGGGAGACCGUAUGGCUAUGGUUUAUUUAGCUGAAGCUAAUUAUCACGGCGAAUAUUAUUCUCCAGAUACUAGCAAUGAUAUCAAUAAUAAUAAUGAGCGGAAAAAAGAACCUGACUGGUUAGCAGCUGCACAUUGGUAUGAAAUGGCAGCUAAAGUUGUUACUUAUGAUGAUGAUGCUACAGAAGAUGAUGAAAUAAAUCAAGGCAAUCCAUCGUUUGUGAAAAGGAGUCGUUCUGGUUUUCAUGCAUUAUCUGAAUGGCCAAUUUAUCGUUUACAAGGUCGAUUAGGAGAAAUGUAUGCUAAAGGUGGUCAUGGUUUAGUCAGAGAUAGAGCAAAAGCUUGUAAGUUAUUAUUUUAAAGAUUAAAUCUGGACUGUACUGUCGGCCUUAAGUGAAUUCAAAAGUGACCUCGAGAUUGACCAAUCAGAAAAUAGCUAAUUAGGAUUUAACUUUUAUAAAAGAGUCCUAAAACAUAACGAUGAUCCCACUACAGAUGAUUGAAAUUUUUAGCAUGAAUAACCCAUGUUAGGGCUAACUAUCGAUAACUUACACUUGAAAUCAUAGUACCAGCGUUACCUUAAUAUAAUAGACUUUCGGUGUUAUUUCAGAAUCGACCACAUAUUUGUUAGUGCACAUGCAUCAGCUUUUAAGUCGUCAGUAUUUAGUUAUCCGUUAUUUAUCUUUCAUUUUUAACCUAAUGAUCUUGUUUUUUAGUUCUCUGUUCCGAUACUAUUUCCAAUUAUGAUAGUUUAAAUCUGUACCCUGUAUAGUGUAAAUUUCCAGAUUAAUAAGUCUUUCUAUUUGUCUUUUCGAAUGUAGUUGCAAUAUAGAGCAUUACUUAAGCUAAUAAUAAUUAUAUAUAUAAUCAUAAGAGUUCGAUCCGUUUUCUAAAUAUUAUUAUUGGAGUCAUAAAUCGGCCUAAGUUAGAUAGCUAUUGAAAACCUUGUGGCUUUGGAAACUCCUCAGCCAUCCGCAUUCAUAAUCCCGCUGCCGGAGAUCGAACCCAGGAUAUUCGGACGAAAUAACUGUCUAGUACUUCCAGGUUUUCAAUGGUUGCCUAACUUAGAUCAGUUGACGAUCUUCAUAAAAACCAAUAAUCUCCACAAUCCCUCCACUGAUAAGUUUCGUUUAUUGUUUUAAUAAUGAGAAUAUGUAACUAGUUAGUUUCAUACGAUUAGUUCCAUCUAUGAAUUUGAAUAAACAAGAACAACAGUUAACACAGAAUCCAAUUUAAUUUUCUCUUCGGUAAAUUAUGUACAUGCCUCUCAAGAUUUCGAAGUAGGAUGUCACGUUCAUGUUCUUUUGGAAGUGUUAGUGUUUUCGUAAAUUCCAAGGUUUUUUACUGAACAUUGUAAAUACUUAAUUUGGCUUCUAAUAUUUGAAUCCGUAACAAUUUUAUCGAAGCUGUAAGCCACAAGUAAAGUUGAAUAAGGUCUACCAGGGGAUUCCAGGAUGUACGUUUUAUCCUAUUUGAUACUCUUCAUUAGGAUAUGCCUACAUCCAUGUUGGUGUUCACCCCAGGAUUCGAACCCAGUACUUUUUUUUUCAAACCCCCAAAGUUAUAUCCACUGGGCUGGGAAAUAACUAAAUAAAUAAUGUCAUGAGUUUGCUUUAAGUUUAGAGGUAAUUUCCUUGAUACAUUCGAUUUAGGAGCUUACGCCAGUUAUUAUUCUUGCUUUAUUCUAAUUAGUUAAUUGUUUGCAAGCUUGUUUGUCCUUUUUUUCUCAGCAAAAGAAUAAAUCAGCAAGAUUUAUAGAAUACUAUCACUUUGAUUUAGCUUAUUAGUGUUUUUUUUCCACUGCGUCAGUGAUUAAAGUAAGGCUUUAGAUCUACAUUUUAUCGUGGUUGUGUAAUACUUAUCAACAAGACAAUAAAUGUUCUAAUAAAGAAUGAUACAUAGAAAUGCACCAAAACAAUAACGAAUGGCUUAAUACAUAGAAGUAGCUAUCACAGGAGAAUUAGGAAUAAAUUAAAGGUCAAGUUAAGCAUCUCAAUAUAAUAUAGGUGACAUAAAAAAGGGUCAAAUAGAAGCCAUCAAGGUAAUUAGAGGAUCAUAUGUAGGUCAUUCGACAAUAAAUGACUCAGGAAAAACAAAGUAUGUGAAAUCGUUGAGUGUUUUGUUUACAAAAUGUUGUUGCCUUGACUUGCUAAGCCUAACAUGUUAUUUUACUGUUUUGAGAUGAUACAGAACAUUAAUAGUUUAAGAUGAGGAUGUUGGACGUGUUGUGGUCUCUAAGCUGCUGAUCACAACACUUCCAAUAUUUUACUACCUUCUAUUUUGUCCCAAUUAACCAAUCAUUAUCCCUUUUUUGUAUUGCAUUUGAGAUUUACCAGCCAUAAGAUAAUAAAUAUGUUGGAUGAUCCCUAUGCUGAUGCUACUUGUAAGCAGUCAACUAUCAUUUUACGUUUAAUUCAUAGAUUCGAACCAAUGUGCAUAUACAUCCAUCUUAUAAGAUAAUAAAAAAUAUUUGUAGCUCAUGAUGAAGAUUUAAGUAGAUAUUAUACUUUCUAACUCGAAUGAUUCAAUUGUAUUGGUUUAUUUUCUCUUUUCGUUGUUUAUUUUGAAUAAAUUGAGCAUUGGG